AUGGAGACAGACAGUCUAACUCUCUCCUCACUUGCCUCCCCGGGAGACAGACGGAGAGUGGGCGGAGGAGACAGGACCCGCGGGCUGAGCAACUUCCAGCGCUCUGCUCAGCGUGAGAGCGGGAAAUGUCCCGGGACUCCCCAUCCCCGCAAGGAUUCAGGUCAGGGUCGCAUCCCGAAUAGCCUUAAUCUCAGGAAGUCCCUGGCCCUCCUGCCUCCCAAAGCUGGAAGGCUCCUUAGUACGAUUUGUGCUCUUGUGGAAGAAUCACAGGAACUCUUGACCGAGCUUCAGCUCCCUUGUUCCGAAUCGCCCCAGAGUAACAUCCGAAGAAAGACCUUACGUUCAGCUGCACUGGAAACGUGUCACGACAGGCUGGCGCGGGCCGCCACGUUGCAGCAGGACAGUAAUGAUGACACUGAAGAUGUUUCACUGUUUGAUGCAGAAGAGGAGACAACUAGUAGACCAAAAAAAUCCAAAAUCAGACGUCCAGUGGCAUCAUUUUUCCAUGUAUUCUUUCGAGUCGGUGCAAUCAUAGUCUAUCUUCUCUGUGAAGUGUUCAGCAGCGGCUUUAUUGCCUGCAUGGUGACAAUUAUCUUGUUGUUGUCAUGUGAUUUGGGGGCAGUCAAGAAUGUCACAGGUAGACUAAUGGUUGGCCUGCACUGGUGGAAUCAUAUUGAUGAAGAUGGAAAAAGCCAUUGGGUGUUUGAGUUCAGGAAGGCCUCUCCUCAAGACAGUAAAGCUGUUUCAGAGGCUGAAUCAAGAAUCUUCUGGUUAGGACUCAUUGCCUGUCCAGUGCUGUGGGUAAUAUUUGCCUUUGGUGCCCUCUUCUCCUUCAGAGUGAAGUGGUUGGCGGUGGUUAUCAUGGGUGUGGUGCAGCAAGGGGCCAACCUGUAUGGCUACAUCAGGUGCAAAGUGGACAGCAGGAAGAAUUUAACCAGCAUGGCUACCUCAUACCUUGAAAAGCAGUUUUUAAGACAAACCACUGGAGACGAUCAGACCUGAAGAGAGUGAGAGAGGCUGCGUGUUCUUUCCAUUGGGAACAACUGAAGGGGGUCUUGACUCUGAACCUUUAGAACUCGGUACCUAUUGCAAAGAGGAGUGUUGGGUUUGUUUUUCCAUUUUAAAGUUUACUUUUAAAAAAAAAGGGUAAGUAGUUUUCAUAUUAAGUUUUUACUUUCUAGCAUAUGGGGCUUGAAGGUGUGGUGUAGCUAGAAACAUUGUUAACAUUUGGUUCAUGGUGUACAUAUGUGUAUGCACAUAGUCGUGUAAGAUCCAUGCGUUAAAUUAACAAAAGCGUUUGUGUUCACGCCCGUAUGGAAUGGAGACCUUUGCAUUUUGAUCCACAGAACAAGAAGGAUGUUCCUAGUCUAUCUCAAAACUCU